AAGGCCAUCUAUAUUAGUUUCUGUUGGGGGGAACCACCACCGCCGCCGUCACCUUCGUCGCUAAAGCUGCCGAGACAACAUGCCUCAACAUGAGCAUAUGGAAAUGCACAAGAAGCGCCAUGGUGUGCGGUACGAUCACCAUGAACGCGCGCGCAAGAAGGAAGCGCGUGAAGUCCAUCGACGAUCUGCGUUUGCGCAAAAGGUCCACGGGUUGCGCGCCAAGUUGUACAACCAGAAGCGAUUCAAGGAAAAGGCCGCGAUGAAGAAGACGUUGGCCAUGCACAACGAACGUACCAACAAACACGCGAACGACGACAACAUCCCCGACGGCGCCGUGCCGUCAUACUUGUUGGACCGCGAGGGCGUGAGUCGUGCCAAGGUACUCAGUAACACAGUCAAGCAAAAGCGAAAGGAGAAGGCGGGCAAGUGGGACGUCCCGAUCCCGAAAGUCAAGCCGAUUGCCGAUGACGAAAUGUUCAAAGUGUUGCGAUCGGGCAAGCGUCGCAACAAGGCGUGGAAGCGCAUGAUCACCAAAGCGACGUUCGUCGGCGAAAACUUCACACGCAAGCCGCCCAAAUACGAACGCUUCAUCCGGCCAGCCGCCAUGCGCUUCAAGAAGGCGCACGUGACCCACCCCGAACUGAAGACGACGUUCCAGCUGGACAUUUUGGGCGUCAAGAAGAACCCGUCAUCGCCGCUGUACACGCAGCUGGGUGUUAUGACCAAGGGGACGAUCAUCGAAGUGAACGUGAGCGAAUUGGGCCUUGUCACCACCACAGGCAAAGUCGUGUGGGGGAAGUUUGCACAGGUGACCAACAACCCCGAAAACGACGGGUGUAUCAAUGCCGUGCUGUUGGUAUAAACCAUAAUCGUGUAACGAGAUUCUAUAUAUUUUCCA